AUGUCAUACACAACAGAAAGUGCCUUCUACCGGAAGUACCACUUGACUGACAGGACUCCGAUCGGUAAAGGAACGUUUGCGCUGGUGUACAAAUGUGUGAACCGUAUAACUAAGGAGUCGUAUGCUGUGAAGAUUGUUGACAAGAACAUGACACUUCCGAAUGAUAUUCAGAGCGUGAGUUUGGAGGUGCACAUUAUGAAACAAAUCGGCAACCACCCGCAUGUUGCUCGGCUUGUGGAUUACUUCGAGACCAGAGAGAGCAUUUACAUUGUUAUGGAUCUCCUUAGUGGCGGUAUGGUAUUUGACCGGAUUGCAGAGCUUAGCCAUUACGAUGAGAAGAUCGCUGCUGAUCUGGUGCGUAAUGUACUUUCUGGUUUAGUUCAUAUCCAUUCCCGAGGGAUUAUACAUCGUGAUCUGAAACCGGAAAAUCUUCUUCUUCGACCCCAACGCGAUAGUGACGACACCUCGUGGUUGUCUGACGUGUGCAUUUCAGAUUUUGGAUUGGCGAGCACCGGGCCCGGUAAGGCCUGCUGCGGCACCGCUAAAUAUAUCGCACCGGAGGUUGUUAAGGUGGGUUAUUAUGGCACAGUGAAGGGGACGUAUGACAACAAAUGCGAUGUAUGGUCGUUAGGGGUUAUUACAUUUGUUCUCCUUUCUGGAAAGAUGCCGUUUUAUGGUGCCACACAUCGCGAAAUAUUCCGUCGCAUCGUUGAUGGAAAAUGGAGCUUUGGUGGGCCCAUAUGGAACACCAUUUCCCUCAUGGGGAAAUCGUUUAUUCGCAGCUGCUUGACACGAGACCCCGCAAAGAGGCCCUCAGCCCGCGAGCUGCUUAAUCACCCAUGGAUAACAGAUGAUCAACCAGAUAAACAUUUGGGUGAAAGCAUAGAAGAAAUACGGAGCCUCACUGCAAUAACAAAACUUCGUGGAGCGACGGCUGUGAUACGCACAUCACAUGAAAUGCUGGGAGGUAUUGACAGUUGUGCUUCCUUCACGAAACAUCUUCGGCAUAAGGACAAGCUCUCCACCAUUAUUGAAGUCGUAUCUCAAACCGAUCCAACGGUUGUCCAUUUGGUUGACUUUGGAAAGGUUCUUGCAUCGAGGGGUGGACACAAACUGCAGGAUUGCUGCUCGUGUAGCUCACAAACGGUCUGUCGGCACAUUCAAAAUGUUCACGAAUAUUUAUUUGUAGGUAAUCGCAGACGGAAGGUUUAUCCUUUUCUCUAUAGUUUGAGGGCAAUGCAAUCUAAUGCGGAACUUGAUGUAAAACUUUCCCUUGGGAAAGAUGACCGCGCGGGAAAAGUUUUGAGCGCGGUGGAGAAAAUUAUCGAAGCGGCAUUUGCCUUUUCCACCGCAUUGGAGGCUGUUCCACAGGAGCGGUUGAAAGGUAAUGUGCCAAUUGACUGUGAAUGGAGGCAAGUGAGUGAACGUACAAAAGCUUUGGUUUCCGGCUGUAAAUAG